UUUCUUCUCUCAUCGCUAGGAUAGAUCAUCGAUUCAUCGUGUGCGACCCAAAGGGGAAUUAGCUUUGAAGUCGUUGGUCUAAGAUUCAGGCGGUGAGACUAGCUCUGAACUUGCGCAUCCCCAGCCCUAGCAGCUUGCGUAUACUUUCAACUUUUGAUUGCAUUCUCUCUCUCCAAGGAAGAGAAGAGGAGGGAGAAGAGGAUGUCGUUUAAGAAAGAACCCUGCAGAAACUUUCAGCGUGGUCAUUGUCGAUUCGGCGAAGCGUGUAGAUAUCUUCAUGUGACUCAGCAACAGCCGAAAUCUAAUGUCUUUGGAUUUGGGACCCAAACUGGUUUAAGUCAACAGAAAAAGUCAAAUCCUUUAGGAUUUGGGACUCAAACGGGCUCUCACCAACAGCAGAAGUCCAAUCCUUUUGGCUUUGGUGUUCAGAGCAGUUCUCACCCAAAAGCGGGCACAGAUUUUGUAUCCAAACAGAAUCAAUCCAAGCUUUUUCAAAAUACAUGGACUCGUUCCACCUCCACACCUACUGGUGUUGCCCCACAGAAAUCUGAUAAUGAGACUCAAGCAGCAAAUCAUAAGUGCACUGACCCUGAGGCUUGCAGACGCCAAAUUGUAGAAGAUUUUGAGUCUGAAAGACCACUUUGGAAGCUAACAUGCUAUGGUCAUUCGAAAAAUGCACCUUGUGACAUUGUUGGUGAUAUUAGCUAUGAAGAAUUGCGGGCGGCAGCAUAUGAUGAUGCUAAGCAUGGGUUGAAUUUUCAGUCAAUAGUUGAGAGAGAGAGGAACUUACUCAGUUCCAAGUUAGUCGAGUUUGAUAACCUCCUCCGUAAGCCAUAUGCAGUUCCACCAGGCCGUUCUUCUAGCCAAACCCCUUUUUCUGGGGCCAGACCCAAUUCAUUUCCACUGACUGCUCAAAAUAGUGCCCCUCCUUUGGUCUCGAGCUUUAAUCAACUAGGUGCAUCACAAAAUUUGGGUCUCGGAAUUAGGCCCUUUACACCAUCUAACAAUGCUUUUGUGCAACUAAAUCCAAACCCAUUUUCUAGCCAGUCAUCAAAUACAUUUGGAACAAACAAUAUGCCACAUAGAAGUGAAGGUACAAUCAUUGAAGGUUUCCUUUUGUGUACUCUUGUCGGUGCUUUUGCACUGCUUCUAAUGAUUUCAUAUGGUAGGUGCAUUUAAUGGCCAUAUUCCUGCCCGGACACGUGGAAGUCCUUUACAUCUAAUAUAGCAGGCUUCAACAACGGUGAUAACAUAAAUGCUGGAAGUAUAUCUCCAACAGCACCUGCUCAAAUUUCAAAUUCAAGUAGCAACCACUCACCUGUUGUUCCAAAUGGGCCCAACUUUAGUGCAAGUGAACCAGCAAACACAGAUGUUCAGUUCAUGAAUAACUUGCAAACAGAAGAUGUGUCUGGGAACUUGAGUGUUUGGUUAAAAGAGAAAUGGAAUCCUGGAGAGAUUCCAGAAGAGGCACCUCCAGAUGCAUUUGUCUAGCAAGGAUACUUAUGGGUUUAGAUGGAAAAGGCUCUUAGUAGUUUUCUAUAAUCUAACAAAUCAAAUAUAUUGUCAUUACUUGCAAAAUAAGCAUCCUUCGGAACGUAGCUGCAGAAAGACUGGAUCAGUCUCCCAGCUUGUCAAGAAGAGAGUUGCACAUUUGUAGCAAAGCAUAGCGAUGUUAUGGCCCUUAGCACUGGAAUUUGUGAAUUAAGCCUAUUAUUCGUCUAUUUGAAUACCGACAAGAUUUGAUCGCCCAAUGUUUUAAAUGAACUUACAAAGAUAAUAACUACUUCGUUAUAAUAAAGAUAAUGUUCUCUUUGCCG